AUGGCCACCCUCGACCUCCGCCUACCUGAACCGUUCGCUAGCAUCCCGAGGGAAUCUUUCCUGUUCGGACCGUCGCCUAUCCAGCACCUGCCGCGCAUAUCCGCCGCGUUGGGCGGUAAAGUCAACGUUUACGCCAAGCGCGACGACUGCAGCUCCGGACUGGCCUACGGAGGGAACAAGACGCGGAAGUUGGAGUACCUCGCAGCCGACGCCCUAGCCCAAGGCGCCGACACCCUCGUCUCCAUCGGCGGCGUCCAGUCGAACCACACGCGGCAAGUAGCCGCCGUCUCCGCGGCCCUCGGCCUGCAGUGCGCGCUGGUGCAAGAGCACUGGGUGGACCUGCCCCCGGGGUCCCCGGACGAGAUCCUAUACGGCUCCGUGGGCAACAUCCAGCUGUCGCGACUGAUGGGCGCGGACGCGCGCCUCGAGCCCGCGACCGCCUUCGGCAUCGAGCACAAGCCGACGCUCGCGCAGCUGCGCGCCGAGCUCGAGGCCAAGGGCCGCAAGCCGUACUACAUACCGGCGGGGGCGUCGGACCACCCGCUCGGCGGCCUGGGGUUCGCGCGGUGGGCGCUGGAGGUGGAGGCGCAGGAGCGGGCGGCGGGCGUGUUCUUCGACACGGUGGUGGUGUGCGCGGUGACGGGGUCGACGUUCGCGGGCAUGCUCGCGGGCUUCAAGCUCGCGCAGAAGAAGCUCGGGUCGCGGAAGCGCCGCGUGGUCGGCAUCGACGCCUCCGCCACCGCGCGGCAGACCUUCGACCAGGUGCUGCGGAUCGCCAAGGCGACGGCCGCGAAGAUCGGGUUGGAGGAGGGCGAUAUCACCGAGCAGGACGUCGAGCUGGACGAUAGGUACCACGCGGGCGUGUACGGAAUCGCGGACGAGCGGACGCUGGAGGCGAUCCGCUUCGGUGCUAAGACGGAGGCUUUCAUUACGGAUCCUGUGUACGAAGGGAAGAGUUUGGCAGGUAUGAUGGAUUUGAUUCGCAAGGGCGAGAUAGCAGAGGGGAGCAACGUGCUGUAUGCACAUCUCGGAGGACAGUUGGCACUAAACGCGUAUCCUUCCAUCGGUCACUAA